AUGGAUGCCGACCGUACGCGACAUACCUGCCACUGUGGCAAGAGUUUCUUUCGCAGGGAGCACCUACGAAGACACCAGGCCACGCACGGCGAGCGUCAGCAUGUCUGCUCGAUCUGCCAACGCCCCUUUACUCGAAGCGACUUGUUAAAACGCCAUCUGGCCACGCACACUGCUUCGGAGCAGGGCCCAUUGAGGACGGUGCAGGCUUGUGAUGCCUGCUACGAAAACAAGACGAAAUGUGAUGGCGGGGAACGAUGUUCUCUUUGCACUAAACGUGGCAUCACAUGUAUCAUUUCGCGCGGCAGACCCUCAAACCAGAAGGCGGGACCUAUAGAAGAGGAGGACGCCAUUACUUCAGAGGAUGCAGGCGAUAUUUACGAGGUGAAUAAUGUUCAAGAGUGUCACGACACAUCCGCGAAACAGAGGUCUUUUCUUGACGAAGAAACGUCUCACCUCACCAGCGAUAGCCUAGCACGGGCUGGAAUGAGCCAAAUUCUCGAUCUUUUACGAGCAGCCUCUGCAGGCAAAGACAGCCCCACGCUAUCUGUCUCUGACCCUGUCAAGCAGUGGGUUUCAUCGUGUGCUGAGACCUACUUUGGAUCAUUUCACGAUCGAUGGCCUCUUAUCCACGCUCCUCUAUUUGAUGAAACAGAAGACAACCUGUUCAUCGUUUCUGCCGUUGUCAUGAUCGGUUAUAUCCUGCGCGAUGAAGAUUCGAGCGUUCGCGAUUUAGCCCUCGAGGUUCACAGUCACUUACAUGGCUACUGCCUAAAAUCUCUUACUGCACCGCAAGACGAGGAUCUAGAAUGCUCCGUUUGGCCUUAUGAGACUUAUCAGCUCGCGCUCCUCAAUGUCAUCGCAGCAUUAGAAUUUGGGAAGCCAAGCGUUAUUCGGAAUGCAAACAGACUUCUAAGCUUCAUCAUUAUAUCUAUGCGAGAGAAAGGCAUAUUUAGCGCUGAAUCUGUGGAACAUCACCAAUCUAAGCAUUUCCCUGGGACUUUUGGCCCUUGGAUAUACAUGGGGCGUGACCGAUGGAGAUGGCAAGCCUCAGUAGUUCUUCAACUAGAUGCGUACAUGUCACUAUUUACCUCCCACCCUCCAUGUCUGAGGCUCAAGGAGCUUGAUCUUGGCUUGCUCGCCACAUACACCCUCCGUAACACGCACGGACUGGAUGUGUUCUUCCAACGCGUGCCUUAUGAGCCAAAGGACAGGCAACAGACAAAAAUCUCAGCUGUGGUACAAAACCCACAGGGACUACCCGCCUCAGGACCUUUAGUAGAAGACAUCCAAAUAGGCUUGUCCGGGAUUGUAACAAAGCUGUGGGUGUGGAGGCAAAACGUGCAACUUUCAUCCCCACUCUCACCUACCGAGGUUGAAGAGAGACUUCAGAUUGAGCUUGAGCUCAACGAGUGGGAAAGUAAGAUAUUUCAACUAUUUGAGUUAUUGCAAACCCCAGAGACCAACCCACAGGGAGUUUCGUUCCUUCUUCACGCCUAUACUGGUGAAGAAGAUCAAGGAAAAGACGGCUGGGAAGGACCAGUUGUGGCCAGAAUAUCUGAUCUUUUGCUCGACAUCUCCAUGUUUUAUUAUUGCCUCGGCCUGCACCUCUUUGCUGCUGAAGCUCCAGUCAUACACUAUGUCAGUGCCACGCCAACGGAGGAUGAUGCAAGGCGGACUCUGCUCUUAGAGUGGACGUCCUCAAUUUCAGCGAGACAGGCUAUAUCUUUCGCCGUGCGAGCGCUCCAAACAUGCGAAAGGACCUAUUCACAGAACCCCCAGACCAAUUUGGUUCUCAACCCGAUGACGAAGCUUUGUUUAACUACUGCAUGCGUCAUUUUUCACGCCUGGAUCACUAGCCCUCAUCGCAAUUGCACAUGCCACUUAGGCCAUGGCGUGACCAUGCCAACUGUCGACCUAAAUGAUAGAGAGGCUCGCCAACAAUGGAUUUUGAUGGGAGGUGCAAUAUCGGUGGAAGGUACCUCGUUAUGUAGUUGUGCGUCUAGCGUAUGGAUGGCUCGAUUUACUUCGGUUUUGGCCUGUGAUCCGCGCAUAUGGGAAUUCGGUAUUGAAGCGUUGCGUAAUAUAGGUACAUAG